UACAUCAAGUUGGUGAUGGAUCUUGAUAAGUUGAGAGCUUAUCCUUGGGGUUUACAUUCUUUUGCCUACCUUGUGACUUCGAUCAUGGACACAAGAAAGGAGUUGAAGAAGAACAACAAUUAUAUUCUUAAUGGCUUCUCCUUUGCACUUCAAGUAUGGGUUAUGGAAGCAAUUCCAGUGAUUGGAGAAUUGUUGGGAGAAAAGAUCAACAAGGAAUUCACAAACGGUGCUAGAUGUUCUAACUGGAAGGGAGCUGCAAAAGUGUCUUAUCAAGACAUUAUCAUCAUAGAGCAAUCGUUUGGACCAAAGGAUAUCGUCUAUCCAUACAUCUCGAGGUCAGGAAAUUUUGACAUAAUCGAUGAUAUAGAGUUUUUUAGGCGUGAUGAGAUGAUGAUGUGGGAGUAAAAAACGUAAACGAUUUGGUGCGAUCUGGUUACA